UUGGACUGGCCUUGGAAAAUUAUUAAAAACAGAUGAAACAGUAUGGCGGUUUGUCUUCGAUGUGUGGGACACAAAAAUAUCCUCUGCGGCACGUUGUUCACAAAGCAGGUUUUUCCUCUUGUGGCGGCUGUGUCAUACUUCCGCUGUAAGAAUGUAGUUAGGCUCAACUUGUUGCCUCUCUGGCAACAUGGCUAAGGGAGCAUUGAGGCGCUAGACUUCUCACCAAAACCAGCACAACUGAAUCUGUAUUUGGAUGUCCAAUGACGACAAUUAAAUAGAGGAGAAAAGUACAAAAGGGGGAUAGACACCAAUCAUCGGGACUAAACCUGGUAAUAACAUCCUGCUUGAGUUAGUACUUCACCACAAGAACAGAAAUGAGAGUACAGACGUCAUCGAGAGCGGAAAUCGUGCGCGCAUUCGAGUCGACAUGCCAGAGACUCUCGGCUUCUGACAACAGGGGGUUUAAACAGGAAUUUGAGGAGCUGAAGAAUGUGGGCAAAGAUCUUUCAACCAAGGCGGCCGACCUGGAAGCUAACAAAGAAAAGAACCGAUACCCGUACAUAUUACCAUAUGACCACUGCCGGGUGAGGCUAUCCAUUCAAAACUCCUAUCUCAACUCGGACUACAUCAACGCCAAUUUUGUACCUGGUGGAGGCUCUGAGCGAGACUUCAUCUGCACACAGGGUCCCAUGCGUGACACCAUAGGCGAUUUCUGGAGGAUGGUGUGGGAGCAGAACGUCAAGAUAAUUGUCAUGGUGACAGCCCUGAGACACAGGGACUUGGUACUAUGUGAUGAGUAUUGGUCUCUGCAACCAGGAACAGUUUAUCACGGACCUUUCCAAGUAACAACAAUGGCUCGGAAACAAGGCCCGAACUAUUUUAUCUCCACUAUUAACCUCAGACAGAGAGACUCUCCAACAGAUCGGAUCAUAACACACUAUCACUAUCCAUCCUGGCCAGACCGGGGCGUCCCUAAAGACCCGUCCUCACUCUGUACCUUCACAGAUCACGUACGGCAGCAUUUGGAAGCCAUUCCACAUUUGGGGCCGGCAGUUGUGCACUGCAGUGCAGGCGUAGGCCGGUCGGGGACCUUCGUCACGCUGCUGUGGCUGAUGCAGCUGUGCGUGAGAGGCAUCCGGCCUGAUGUGCGAGCUGCUGUGGCUGACCUACGACUACAUCGAAUGUGGAUGGUUCAGAAUCUGGAGCAGUACAUAUUUGUUCACCAGUGUCUGCUAUACUGGCUGAGCGGUGGAAAGUCAUCAUGCUUUACCCACACAGAGUACACAAACCGAGAGGUGAGGAAGAGAAAUCGACAUCACAGGCGGAAACAUCCUUCAGACCAACCCCCGAGCGCAUUGCAGCAGAUGUUACAACCCGGGAAAAUAUUGCGUAGGCUGUUACCCUCUUAAUCACAGCUAAAUCCAGGUCCACAUGGCUCAACCUCACAGGUGGGUGCAAGCUAAUGACAAUUCAAGAGAGCAUGACAGAUAGGGGCCCUAAUUUUUUUUUUAAUUGGCACCGAUAAGUUGAGGUGGCCCAAAAUCACUGACGGCAUCCAAGGAAUAACUUCACAGAUGGAAGUGAAAGGCACCAACGGCCCGCAAGAUCUGUAUCACAUGAAAACCAAAGUAACGUUACCAGGAAAGAGAUACGAUAAACCUGCCAGGCA